CCGCCCGGCGUCGGCGCGGCCGCGUCCCCAUGGCCUUCGCCCCGGAGGAUCCAAUUUUGGAGCGUUAUUUCAAAGGCCAUAAAGCUGCAGUGACCAGUGUGGAUUUCAGCCCCAAUGGCAAACGACUUGGGAGGGGUCAGGCUCGGGAAGAAGGCGGGUGGGAGAGAGGCGUACCUGGCCCCCGGGGGAGAGCGGAAGACUUGGCCCAGCCCCUGUACGCGAAGCCCCCGCCGGACCCGGGGGCCCUGGGGGAGUGGGGAGAGGCGAGCCACCUCCAGCUCCAGGGGGAGGAGGAGAAGCAGGCGGAAGAGCUCACCGAAAGGUAUGCCAUUAACAUUUACCUGAGUGACAGAAUCUCCCUGCACCGGCACAUCCGGGAUGAUCGCAUGUACGAGUGCCGGCUGAAGACCUACGAGUACCGCAGGCUGCCCACCACCUCGGUCAUCAUCGCUUUCUACAACGAAGCCUGGUCCACCUUGCUGCGGACCGUCCACAGUGUCCUCGAGACUUCCCCUGCCGUCCUCCUGAAGGAGAUUAUCCUGGUCGACGACUUAAGUGAUAAAGUGUACUUGAAGGCUCAGCUGGAAACCUACAUCAGCAGUCUGCGAAGAGUCCGUUUAAUCAGGACCAAGAAGCGGGAGGGGCUGGUCAGAGCCCGCCUCAUUGGAGCGACUUUUGCCACUGGGGAAGUGCUCACGUUCCUGGACUGCCACUGUGAGUGUAACUCAGGGUGGUUGGAACCUCUCUUGGAGAGGAUUAGUCAGGACGAAUCCGUGAUCAUUUGUCCUGUCAUAGACACAAUUGAUUGGAAUACGUUUGACUUUUACAUGCAGGAAGGGGAGCCAGUGAUUGGGGGAUUUGAUUGGCACUUAACGUUCCAGUGGCAGGCAGUCCCUGAGCAUGAAAGGAGAAGGUGGAAAUCCAGAAUUGACCCCAUCAGAUCCCCCGUCAUGGCAGGAGGGCUAUUUGCAGUCAGUAAAAAGUAUUUUGAGUACCUUGGUACUUAUGACACAGGGAUGGAAGUAUGGGGUGGUGAGAACUUGGAGUUGUCAUUCAGAGUUUGGCAGUGUGGAGGGGCCCUGGAGAUUCACCCCUGUUCCCACGUAGGGCACGUUUUCCCAAAGCGAGCCCCCUACGCCAGGCCCAAUUUCCGACAGAACACAGUCCGGGCAGCGGAGGUGUGGAUGGAUGAAUAUAAAGAGCACUUCUAUAAUCGAAACCCUUUAGCAAGGAAGGAAAAUUAUGGUGAUGUGUCUGAACGAAAAUUAUUGAGAAAACGGUUGAAUUGCAAGAGUUUUGACUGGUAUUUGAAAAAUGUAUUUCCUGCGUUGCGUGUGCCAGAGGAUCGACCUGGCUGGCAUGGGGCCAUUCGAAGUGCAGGAAUCUCUUCCGAAUGUCUCGAUUACAAAUCUCCAGAUCGUGAUCCCACAGGAGCUCAUCUGUCUCUGUUUGGAUGCCACGGACAAGGAGGCAAUCAGUUUUUCGAGUAUACCUUAAAGAAAGAGUUACGCUUUAGUGUCCAGACGGAAUUAUGUGUGAUGGUCCCCAAGCAGAGCAAUUAUGUUGGCAUGCAGUACUGCCCUAAGCAGGGGUCCUCUGUUCCUGAAGAGAUUAUCUGGCACUUUAAAGAAGAUGGAACAAUUUAUCAUCCCCAGUCUGGCAUGUGUCUGAGUGCCUACCGUACAUCAGAGGGGCGGCCUGAUGUGCAAAUGAGAACUUGUGACCCCCUCGAUAAAAAUCAGAUUUGGAGGUUUGAAAAGUAGACUGGACACCUGCACAGCGGUGUUUAAAACAAAAAAAAAAACAGCCUCCUGAAGACUGUAUUUUGUUAAAAAGUUAUUUGAAUGUCAACUGAGACCAUUCCAGAAAAGCUGUUUCAUUAUCUUGUCUCAUACACUGAGACCGGUGGUGGGCCCAAAACCACUUUUCAUAUUAGUAGAUGCCUUAUGGACUGAAUUCAUUUUCUAAGCCCAACCCAAUCUCUUUUUCCCUCCUUUUUGGAUGAAUUCUUUGUAUGGUGAGAGAGCCCCAGAGGCUGUAAGUUCCAAACUUAGGAUUCAAGAAGUGAAAAAUCAGCCGUAUGAGAAAUGGCUUAUGUUAAUGCAUAAAUUACUGACAUUUGAAGAUUAUGUGCAGUGUGAGUACACCAAAACUGGCCUGGUAAAUAUAGGAUUUUUAUUUCAUCCACCAA